AUGAACAUCAGCACCAGGGAUAGUUGUGAUGCAUUCCAACUGUCCCGUAGCCACGUCCACAUCCCCGCUAUUACUUGGCCCUACAUCGCCGCUGAGCUGCUCAUCGCUCUCCUCGCUAUCGCUGGGAAUUUCCUGGUCUGUCUGGCCGUGAACCGAAACCGGAAGCUACGCACCGUCACCAACUACUUCCUGGUGUCGCUUGCGGUGGCCGACAUCUUUGUGGGCGUGCUGGCGAUCCCGUGUGCCGUGUUGAUCGACCUGGGCUACCCGCGCCACAACCUGCCUCUGUGUCUGCUCCUCCUAAGCGUGCUCAUCGUGCUAACCCAGAGCUCCAUCCUCAGCCUGCUAGCGGUAGCCGCAGAGCGCUACGUGGCCAUCCUGCUGCCGCUCCAGUACCAGAGGAUCGUGAGCCCCAGUGAAUCCAAGUCUAAGUCUAGAGGUCCAGUAAAGGCCAGGUGUGGUUCCGGCGGCAGCGAGUAUAAACGAGCGGUGCGUAUGCGUCGUGAGGUGAGGAAGGCCACCUCUCUGUUCCUGGUGUUGUUCAUGUUCAUACUGUGCUGGCUGCCUCUCCACAUCCUGAACUGUGUUACGUUGAUGUGCCCGCGCUGCCACGUGCCCCUGCCGCUCUCCCUGGCAGCCAUACUGCUGUCCCACGCCAACUCUGCCCUUAACCCGCUGCUCUAUGCCUAUCGCAUGAGGUCCUUCAGACACACACUGAGGGCUCUCUGCUGCACACACACUGCAUGA